GUAAAAAUAGCUUAUGCUAUGACAAAAGGAACUAAAAAAGACGUUGAAAACAUUAUGAAAAAUGUUAAUAAAGAGCUGUCAGUUAUAGAUAACGAUAAACAAGAAGAUGGGUACACUUCUUCUAUGCCAAUUAAUCUAAAAUUACAUUCAUUGCUGAUAGAUAAUCCAUCAAUGGGUAAUCCAUUUAUUGAAGAAGAGGUGUAG